AUGCACCUCAUCUUUCAGGCAUUUGCAUCAAUCGUCGCCAUGUGCCUAAUUGGUACAAUGGCCGAUGCGACUCAAUCCGAUUCAAAACAUGAACCAUUCUCACUCGACCAGCUUGGUAUCCUCGAGCGUGAUGUGGCCGUCAUAGGGGGUGGGUCAGCAGGCACAUAUGCCGCCAUCCGCCUGCGACAGUUGGGCCAGAGUCUUGUUGUCAUCGAGAAACAGGACAGGCUUGGAGGCCAUUCAAAUACUUACUUUGACCCUGCUUCUGGAACUGCAGUGCCAUAUGGUGUGAGAAGCUUUCACCACAAGAGCGUGGUGACGGACUACUUCUCCCACUUCAACAUCUCUCUGGUCAAUAAGAUCUAUCUUACGAACCAGAGCGAGAACGUGGACUUCACGACUGGAGAGCCCAUCACCUUAAAACCCAUCACCAUCCCGAGCGAUGACCCGGAAAUAAGAAUUGCAAUGGAGAAUUACAAGGCGCAGUUGGCCAAAUAUCCGUUCCUCAAAGAUGAAUAUUAUAACCUCCCUGACCCCAUACCUGAGGAUCUCCUUCUCCCCUUUGGAGAGUUUGCAGCCAAAUACAAGAUCGACGCCAUUGUACGUUUUAUUGCAGGGUAUACUGCAGGCUUCGGAGACCACCUGCUGAAGCCCACGCUAUACAUUUUAAGGAUGUUCUCUCUUGAUUUCAUCUAUGAACUCCAACACGGCUUGCUCGACUAUCCAAUGAAUGACAACAGCGUAUUAUACAGAGCAGCAGAGAAAGAAUUGGGUGGCGACGUGCUUUACAAGAGCAGGGUCAUCGGCGCCAUGCGCAAACUUAGCAAGAUAGACAAUUCCUGCUAUAUCUUGGUCCAAACCCCGUCGGGACAGGAGCUGAUCCACGCAAAGAAAAUACUCAUAGCAGUCCCACAGACGAUCGAGAAUCUUAUACCGUUUGACCUUGAUAGAACUGAAAGGGAAAUCUUCGCACAGUUCACCGGCACCUUUUGGUAUUCGAGUGUGAUAAGAAAUAUAUAUCACAGUGCACAAUCUAUCCAAAACAAUGCAUAUGACUCGCCAUAUAACCUUCCCAUCCUUCCAGGUGUAUAUAACUUAAUUAACACCAGUGUGCCAGGUUUGAAUUGGGUAUUAUACGGCAGCUCCACCUUCAUGCACACCGAAGACGUGAAAAAGGACAUCGUGAAUAGUGUCUUACGGAUUCGGCACCCCAAUGUCACCGUGACAGAGCCAGAAAUUGUUGCAUUCAGAUCUCAUUCUCCAUACGAGCUUACUGUGCCUGUGCAGGCGAUUCGGGAUGGGUUUUAUAGAAAGUUGGAUGCGCUUCAGGGACAUCGCGGGACUUAUUAUACCGGGGCGGCAUUGACCGCACACGAGAGCCAUCUCAUCUGGGGCUUUACUGAGAAGCUCUUAUUGAAGCAUUUUGUUUGA